AUGUUGCAGCUGAAGGCGCUCCUGCCUUCUGUCAAUGCCUCGGCCCUUGUGGCUGACUGCCCAUCUCUCCUGCUCACUCAUGACUUUAUAGCGAUUGAGAGGAACCUUCAAAAAUUCAGGGGCGCAUUGGAGGGCAGAGCAGAUGUGGAGAGGCUUGUGGAGAGGGAGCCCAUGCUACUGCUGGCAGAUGUUGAAGACCUGCUAGCAGAGGCUGAGCGGCUACUGCCGAGUGGGCAGGAUCCGGUGUCUUACCUUGUUGCCAAUCCGGGCACCCUGCUGGACAUGCAGCAGGCUGGCCUGCAAUCUGCCAUCGAUGGCAAUUUGUGGACUGACAGUUCUGAUUGA